AUGCCAAAAAGAAAGUGUUUGUUUUCGGACGAUUAUACUAAAGAGUGGUCAUUCAUUAAAAGAGGAAGAAAUGAUUAUGAAGCCUUUUGUUCAAUUUGCGGCUUUCAUAUAUCUGUCAGUCACGGCGGUAAGUCAAGUGUCAAAGACCAUAUCCAAAGUAAAAAUCACAAGACGAAAUUAUCAGUUGCAUCAACUUCUAGAGAUAUAUCGACAUUUAUGAUCACGCAAUGUACUGCCGAAGACAUGUUAAUAUGCGCUGCCGAACUGACCACAGCUUAUAAAGUCGUAAAGCACCACCAAUCGUUUAGCUCUUUAGAUUGUACGACAAAACUGAAUGCCGUAAUGUAUCCUGAUUCAAGUAUCGCAGCAAAACAAUCAACUGCAAGAACAAAAGCUACUGCUAUCAUUAAACACAUUUUAGCUCCACACUCGAUCGCGCAAAUUAAAACAGAAGUCGAAAAAGUUCCUUUUUACGGCAUUUCAACCGAUUCUAGCAAUCACAAAGCCGAAAAGUUAUUUCCACUGCUGAUACAGUACUUUACGGAAAAAGAAGGACUGCAAAUUAAAUUACUAAAAAUAGACUCAUUGCCGAAUGAAACAUCUGAUACAAUCACUUCAUUUUGUAUAAAAUCGUUGCAGGAUCAGAACUCCCCGUAA